AUGCAAGGACUUUUUCCUUUUUCAUCUUCAACAAAUCAUAUUGCAAAUCGAUCUUGUUUUGAUUCACAAGAAUCAUCUCAAGGACAUUUUAUAAUUGUCUUAAUAGAUGCACUUCGUGCUGAUUAUGUUUUUAAUAAAAAUAGUUCGUAUUAUUUAAAAAGUAUAGAAAAAUUCGAAGAAGAAGGAAAAGCUUUAUCAAUAAAACUACGUACACAUAGUCCAACAGUAACAUUACCACGAUUAAAAGCAAUCUUAACAGGUACAAUUCCAUCAUUUUGGGAUGUUUUAUUUAAUUAUAAUUCAAGUCAACUUCAAUUAGAUAAUUUAUUAUUUCAAUAUAAAAGAAAAUAUCCUGAAAAGAAAAUUAUUUUCUAUGGUGAUGAUACAUGGGUGAAAUUAUUUCCAGAUUCUAUUUUUCAUCGAUCUUAUGGUCUUCAAUCAUUUUUUGUUACGGAUUUUAAAGAAAUUGAUUUAAAUGUUACUCAUGGUCUUUAUAAUGAAUUAAAUCAAAUGAAUGAAUGGGAUUUUUUAAUCGUUCAUUAUUUAGGUCUUGAUCAUAUUGGUCAUGCAUUUGGAGCAUUUAAUUCAUUUAUUAAAGAUAAAUUAAUUGAAAUGGAUGAAGUUAUUGAAAAAAUUGUUUCCAAAAUGAAUAAAAAUGAUCUUCUAUUAAUAACAGGUGAUCAUGGAAUGAUUGAUCAAGGUGGACAUGGUGGUUCAUCAGAUGCUGAAAUUUAUGUUCCAGCAAUAUUUAUUUCUCAUAAAUUAAAAGAAAAUAUUUCGAAGAAGAAGAAGAAUAAUGAAGAAUAUUUUCAAAUUGAUUUAACACCAACAUUAAGUGCAUUACUUGAAAUAGCAAUUCCAUAUAAUAAUCUUGGAAUAUUAAUUGAAAAUGUUUUAAAACAUUUUUAUCAUUCAGAUAAAUUAAAUUUAUUCAAAUGUUUAAUUGAUGAUAAUCGAAGACAAUUAUUUAAUCUUCUAUCAAAUACAAAAUUAUCAACUUCAUUAAAUGAUCUUCACAUAAUUCGGAAUCAAGCAAUGUUAAUAGCAAAUGAACAAGAUUUAAGGAUGCUUUUAUUAAGUAUAAUCCUCUUUUGGUCUAGUUUAAUUAUCUUUUGGUUUAAUAUUCAAAAAAUAUCUCUUCUAUCGAUUAUUCUAUUGAGUUUAGUUUAUUUAAUAUCGAAUAAUCUAUUUCUUAGUUUGGCUAUUGGUGCUAUUAGUUUUUGUAUAAUUGUUAUUGGAACAGGUGAAAGAAAGAUAGGAUAUAAUAAAAUUAAUAAUGAAGGAAAAACUUUGUCAAGUCAAUUAUUAAUGUGGUAUCCAUUAUUUCAUAUAAUAUCAUUAUUUUCAAGUAGUUUUAUUGAAGAAGAACAUCAAACUUGGUAUUAUUUAUUAUCAACUUAUUUAUUAAUUCGAACAAUAGAAGAAAAAUCUUUUAAAUAUUUAUUUAUGUUAAUUUUAUCACGUUUAAUACGUUCAUGGAAUCAAACAGGAAAUAAAUGGUUAAAUAUUCCAGAUAUUGGAGAUUUUCUCAAUAGGAGUGAAAAUGUUGUUUAUUUAUUUUCAAUUCAUUUUCUAUCAUCAAUAAUAUUUCUAUAUUUAUUAAAUAAAUCUAAACGAUCUUCUAUAACAUAUUUAUUACCAAUAAUUGUUUUAAUUUAUCGAUGGAAUCUGUUCAAUUCAUUAACAUCAGUAAUACCAUUAUUAUAUUAUGGUUUAUUAGGUUAUUUAAUUGUUCGGAAAGAAAUUUCAAUAGAAAAUCUUCUAUUUAGUUUAUUAUAUAUUUUAUGUCGUCCACAUAAUUGUUUGAUAAUAAUUAUUCAUAUGAUAUUUUAUCAAUUUUUAAAUAUAAAUGAUUCUCGUUUAGCAUUUAUUUUAAGUCAAUCAGCAUUUUUUCAUUUAGGCAAUUCAAAUUCAUUUGUAACAAUUGAUAUAUCAACAGGUUUUGUUGGUAUUCCAAUCUAUCUUCCAAUAAUUCAUGGACUAUUAAUAUAUUUAUCAACAUAUGGUUUAUCAAUAAUUUGGUUAUUAAAAUUAUCAAAAGAAGAACGAACUGAUUCUUUAUUACAAUUAACAUUAAUAAAUAGUUCAUUUGUUUUCUGUAUUUUUCUUCAACGUUAUCAUUUAUUUGUUUGGACUGUAUUUGCUCCGAAAGUUUUUUAUUUAUGUGCGCAAACAGCUUUUAAUUUGCUACUAUUUCUGUGA